UAGACAAGUAAAUAAGAGCGGAGGGAGCACCUAAACUUAGUCAGUCUAGAAUCGUUGAUGGGGAAUAAGACGAGAAAGUUUUAAAAAGAGAAAGGAAGAGGUAGAAGUAGGCCACAAGAAGUGGGACCCGUAUAUCUAUUUGAACCAAUGACAAUUGAUCUCUAAUAUCCAAAAACUUAAAUACACAUUGAUCUCCUCUCGCGUUAUUUUCAUUUUCCUCCCAUCAGUUUAUUAUCAACAAAAAAAAAAAGUGUUUUAACAAUAUCAUUUCUGUUGCAAGAUAAACAAAGGAAAUAAAGCCAUAGCAGUGAAACAAAUGAGACGAUAAGUAGUAGUGAAGCAAAUGAAGCUGGCCUGGACUACAAGCUAGAAAAAAAAAUUGUAUUUUAACUCUUCUUCCUCCUAAUAAAAAAGUGAUUGAGGAGAUUAGUCAGCAUAUAAACUUGGUCAUAACCUGAUAUUGUUGUAAUUCAAUCUUCCUUGUAAGACGACGCGUGAUGGUCUUGGAUUGUUAGAAAGGGAUAGCCCUCAUGAUGGCCACAACAGCAGUUAUUGGACUGAGUGCAGGAAAAAGACUCUUGAGUUCUUCCUUCUAUUAUUCUGAUCUUAAUGAAAAGCUAUCUUGUAGUAGUGAUCAUAGUUUGCCCUGCCAUCAGGUUCCUACUGUUAAAAAUGUGAUCUCCGCUAAGAAGUCAUCCGAUUAUAGCCCCAGUUGUGUAUCCAGUCGAAAACUACAAUCUGUCAAGGCUCUUAAAGAGCAUGUAGACAUUGCAUCCGACCCUUCUGAUGUGCAGUCCUGGUUUGAAAGGUUCGAACAAUUGCAAAAUGAAAGUGAUGACGAGGAGGAUGAUUCGGUGGAGGUUCUACUCUUGCUGCAGAAGUCCAUGCUUGAAAAGCAGUGGAAUCUUUCUGCUGAAGAGACAUUGACUGCUUCUACACAACGCAAAAAGAAUUGUAAGAAGAUGCAUAUUGCUUGCUCAGGGACGUCUGCUAGGCGGAGGAGAAUGGAUUCUCGACAAAGAGUUCUUGCUCAAAAAAGUUCAGCUACACCUAUAAGUGCAACCAAGCCACUGAGGUCAAUACUUGGUCCAGAUCUACUUCAAAAUCGUUUAAAAGGUUACGUUAAGGGUAUAGUAAGUGAAGAGCUGCUCACACACACUGAAGUGCUUCAACUAUCCAAAAAGAUUAAAGUUGGUCUUCAUGUGGAAGAGCAAAAAUCAAGGCUGAAGGAAAGACUGGGAUGUGAGCCUUCUGAUGAUCAACUUGCUGUUUCCUUGAAAAUGUCCCGUACUGAUUUGCAAUCUACAUUGAUCGAGUGUUCCUUGGCAAGAGAAAGGCUUUCAAUGAGCAAUGUUCGUCUUGUCAUGUCAAUCGCUCAAAGAUAUGAUAAUAUGGGUGCUGAAAUGGCUGAUCUCGUUCAGGGAGGCCUUAUUGGACUACUUCGUGGGAUAGAGAAAUUUGAUCCCUCUAAAGGAUACAAAAUCUCAACUUAUGUUUAUUGGUGGAUUCGCCAGGGUGUCUCCAGAACCCUGGUUGAGAAUUCGAGAACCUUAAGAUUGCCAACACAUCUGCAUGAAAGACUCGGUCUAAUCCGUAAUGCAAAGAUGAGGCUUGAAGAGAAGGGAAUAAAUCCAUCUGUAAAUAAUAUAGCCGCAUCCCUAAAUAUGUCCCAGAAGAAAGUCAGGAAUGCAACUGAGGCAAGCAGCAAGGUGUAUUCACUUGACAGGGAAGUGUUUCCCUCUUUAAACGGUCUGCCCGGAACAACUCUCCAUAGUUACAUCGCUGAUAACCACCUGGAGAACAACCCAUGGCACGGUGUUGAUGUAUGGGCACUCAAGGAUGAAGUAAACAACCUCAUUUCAUCAACUCUUAGGGAACGAGAGAGAGAAAUUAUCCGACUGUACUAUGGUCUGGACAGUGAAUGUCUCACGUGGGAAGAUAUUAGUAAAAGGAUAGGCUUGUCCAGAGAGAGGGUCAGGCAGGUUGGAUUAGUUGCACUUGAGAAACUAAAACAUGCUGCAAGGAAAAGGCGACUAGACGCAAUGUUGAUCAAACAGUAAUUUAAAGCAUUUGCAGAGACCAUAAUACGAUUUGACUGUACAUAUAAUGUGAGAAUCUUGCAUCUCCGACUUAUUUUUAUGAGGAGAACGUACAGAUGAAGAACCCGAUACAUUCUUGCCCACCCCUCUCCGCGAAACCAAGCUCCCAAAUAUGUAUGUGCAGAGACAGAAUGUAGACGACAUUUUUUUGUACCAUAUAUUAUAGGAUGCAUGACGUGCAAAGAGCAAAGAAGAGAUUGUUUGCUGACAUAGUAGACAAAUGUUGUAAUCUGUAGGUAUAUUCUACAUUUUUAUGUGUUUCCACUUGAUGUGAUACUGAUUGAUUAUUUCUGGUAAGACAACAUGUAUACUUCCCUUUUCAUUCUUA